UUCACAGACCCCUUCCAUUUGGGCUGGAAUUUUAUUGACAUGAGCAUGGCUCCGGGGGCAAGAGCAAGAGAAGACUUGCUGGGCUUUGGAGUGGGCCAGGAUGGUUGUGGGUGGAAGCCACGUACAAGAAGUGGGAGCUGAACUGCUACAGCUCUAAACCAAACCACAGGAGAGGCUGCACUGGCUCUUCUGAUGCGUAUGUGCUGACCAUUGGCCAGGAGGGGAAAGCCAUGCCAGUUCAGAGAUGGGGGAGAGCAAGAGUCUUGCAGAGGGAUGAGGAGGCAAUGGGGGAGAGCCAUCCUUGUGGAAGACAUGAAGUAUGAAGCAUAAGGGGUGAGGGCUGAGAACCACCAUGGAGCCACUGAGGGGAAAGGCUCAGCGAGGCUGGGAUGGAGGGCUCUGGCGGGGAGAGGAAUCAACUCUUGAGGAAGACCACUGGGGGAGAGCCCGCCAUGUUGUCUCCAUGGCAACUGGUUGGGAGGGUCUGCAGGAGCCAUCUUGUUUACUAUCACCAUAACAACGAGCCUGUCCGGACCGGAGACGCCAUCUUGUUUAGUGUCUCCACAGCAACGAGAGCUGCCGGGCCGGGCCGGAGCCAUGGCGGGCGCGGGGCGGCUGGAGGAACUGGAGCUCAGUGCCGAGGAGGCGGAGCGGCUCCAAUGGGCCUUCCGCGACGAGCAGUUCCGGGCGCUGUUCGCCGAGUACGCGGCGGAGCUGGCCGACCCGGAACAGCGUCGGCUGUACGAGGAGGAGGUGACGGCCCUGGAGCGGGAGCGCGGCAUGGAGGUGCGCUUCAUCCACCCCGAGGCGGGCUACGUGCUGCGCACCAGCCAGGCCGGCUCCCGCCGCUGCUACCUCAACGUCUGCAGCAACCCGCACGUCGGGGCGCCGCAGGCCCGCGCUGAGCCCGGCGGCCAACGCUGGGCCCUUCCCUACAGCCUGGCGCCGGGCCGCGAGGAGCUGAGCCGCGGGGGCCAGCGCCGCCUGGUCUACGACGUGGUUUUCCACCCGGCGGCGCUCCGCCUGGCCGCCCGCAGCUCCCGCUUCCGCCGCCUGCUCAGCGACACGGCGCUGGAGGCUGUGGAGCGCCACUGCGCCGUGCAGCUCGAUCGCGCCAACGCCGUCGUCCUCCGCGGCACCAAGUACAAGGGCGUCCCGCAGGCGCCCGUCAUCCGCACCCCGCUGCCCGGCGGCGCCCCGCCGCCGCCCGACGACGGCGACUCUCCGCUGCCGCCCUUUCCUUUCCCGCCCGCUGCCACCGCCCCUCCGCCCGCCGCCCCCCCCUCAAAGGCACGGCCGCCUGGCCCCACCACGCCGCGCUGGAGCAUCCGCCACCGCUCCUACGUGGACCUGCAAGACUAUCGGUGUAGCCGCGACUCGGCGCCCAGCCCGGUGCCACGGGAGCUGGUGGUGACGGUGGACCUGCCGCUGCUGCGCUCCGCCGCCCAGGCCGACCUGAACAUCUGCGGCCGAGAGCUGCGCCUCGACUCGCAGCGUCCCGCCUACCGCCUUCGCCUCCGCCUCCCUUACGACGUAGACGAGAGCCGCGGGAGCGCCGCCUUCAACAAGGCCCAGCGGCAGCUCGUGGUCACGCUGCCGGUGGUACCGCCGCCCGGCCCACAGGAACCGCUAGACCUGGGCGAGGAGCGGGUGGAGAAGGCCGAACCGGGUGCUGAGGCGGGCGACGAGGCGGCUCCUCCCCCGGGCGGUGGCGGCGGCGGCAUGGCCCAGAGCACGUGCAGCGGCGGGGAGCCCACCGAGCCACCCGCGGGCGGCUACCUGUCACUGCCCCUCUCCGGCGCCGCUUCCCCUGCUCCGUGCGCCAGCCUCGAGCAGGCCGUGACCUGCGGCCUCGGCGAGGACGCCUCUCUGUGCCCUCCAGGGAGCCCGGCCCUGCCGGCCGUGGAGGGCAUCCCUGGCGAAAUGGCUCUUCCCCAGGGCUCCGGCAGCCCUGAGGCUGCCCUAUGCCCUCCCUUCCAGUGCCGGCAGGAUGAGACCUCCCUCACCCUGCUCCUGCACGUGCCCGGCAUCAAGCCUCAGAGCCUCAGAGAGGAUGUGGGCACGAACCACUACAGCCUCCACUUCUCCAGUGAGACUGGCUCCUAUGCUCUCUUCUUACAGUUUCCACCUGAAAACAAGCUGGCAUCCCCUGAGACCAGCGUUAGCGUGUCUGCCCACAACACUGCCUUUGUGCUCACCAAGGCCCCUGGCAGCACUGGGCCCUGGGAGAAGUUCAGCUUCGGCCUCGAAGCCUCCGCUCUGCAGGAAAGAUGGUUUGUCAGUGAAGAAAACAUUGAUGGAUUUCUAGGCACUGUUUCAUGCCCUUCCUUUUGCUCCCAAUCAGCACUGGAAAGCCAGCCAUUAAUUGAAGUGCUUGAUGUUACUGAGGACAGAAUUCAAAUCAGGUUGACGCCGCAGGAAACAGUCCGUUCUGAAUGUGAUGGAAAAGAAGAAACACUUAGCAGUUCAGGAGAAGAUCUUGCUCAAAAGACAAAUGGCGACUACUCCCAAACAAAGGCAGAAACAAACUGUACUGCAGCUGACACGGUUGAGGGAGAACGUGCUGCAGAAACUAAAAAAACUUCCACAUCUUUUGCUGAAACAAUAGGAAAAGUGCGAGUGCUUGCAGUGGGGGUAUAUGGUAUAAGCUUUGCUUUUCUAAGCUCUGCAGAAGCCACAGCUGCCAGAAGCCUCUCCCCUACCCUGGGCAGCAGCACAGCUCCCACCCAGCUGAAGGAGGACAAGUGGUUUGCUGGGGUAAGCUUAGCCCCGAUCAGCCCUGUCAUGAGGCUCCCUGUGGGGGGGUAUCGAGGGGCUGAGACACAGGCACAGCUUUUUUGGCAUCAGCCCUGACUCUCUGAAGCUACGAGACUGGUGCAAGUGCCAAAGCUGGUACAAAAUUGUGGUAGUUAAAUUACUCCUGCAAAAAAAGAGCAUCUUAUCGCGGUCAAAAUAAACAUCUGUGCACUAGUUGGGAGUACUUCACGUAACUUGGUGCUCUCUCAAAUGGACAUUUAACGGAUGUAUUCGCAGCCCAUAAAGGAGGUGACAAAUGGUGGUAAAAGGAAAGCCUUGCUGCAUGCCCUUCCAUUUGUAAGUGACUGUCGUAGCCAGAGCCCUAAGAACACCACCACCAUUUUCACUAAUGGAAAUAAACAAAGCUUUUAUCCCCUGCCCACCCCGAUCUCUCAGUACAAACCCCUACCUCUGAAUAUUGCAUGUCUGUCACCUUAGCAUAGUGUUUUCUUCCUCUUACAUACUUUGUUCUGCAAAAAAGGUGCUACUGCUACCAGCUGUGCUUCAAAACAGCACAUGCCAUUAAAGCAGUUGUACGGUUAGACUUACAACAGGCGAGGAAGUGUUACCAGCAGCUCAGCUCUCACCCGUUCCUCACUGGCAGCUCCAGUUCAAACCGUUCCCGUUACACAGCAGUUAUUUUUUUACCAGUCACUCGGCACAGCUGACUGAAAGAGAACUUUCUUUUCAGCCAAACAAAAGAGGUGCCUUGCUGCACAGUUGUUCCUCUAUUCUGCCUCAAUUAGUGAGAAUCAUUAAAAAGUUAAUGAAGUGAAAUGCACACUGCUAGAGGGGGUAAUGGCAGGCGCUCAGUCCUCUGCAUUAAAGAACACCCUCCUCUCCCAUCCCAAUGUUCUAACACCAUGAGAUGACAUCAUCUUGUGAGAAUCAAGAACUUCUCCGGUAUUACAAAACAACAGAAUUUUAUUUCAGCAGAACUAAAAAAAUCGUAUAUUUAUCUACAUUGUAGUAAAAACAAUUAUGUUUUAUCCUUCAUAUAUUCAUCAACACGUUGCAACCAAAUCAGGACGCGAGCACAAUGGAACGGCAGGAGGUGCUGGUUCUGCCAGCAGAGGAAUGCCGGCUGGCUCGCCAUCCCCAGCUCUGCCCUGGCUGGGGGAAGACCCCCAUCCCAGAGCACUGCACGCACCAGGAAAGAUGCACCUAAACACAAGUUUUCUUCUCCUCCUCCCAGUAAGCGCUGCAGCGUGGAGGCUGCGGUGGGCGGCAGCAGGUAACCUGUUUCCAAAACGUGGCUGUCGAACAUGAAAGAUUACUAUUUUGGGACACCUUUUACAAGAAUGUUUAUUCAUAUUAAAGCAGAAACCAACUCA